UUUUUUUUUUCCCAGCAAGCACGCUCCAGGCAGCUUAGUGGGUCCUGGGCAAUUGCUCUUUUCAACAGCAGCGACAAGUACGGAAGUUUUUCGACACUGCGCCAGUGAAGUGCAGCAAUUCUUCACGGCAGCAUUAUAUACAGAUUCCUCCAGUUCAAAGCUAUCGACCGUCACGAUGAAAGUGGUUCUUGUCAACGGAGGUGUCAUUUCUGGUGUCGGAAAGGGUAUUAUCGCCAGUAGCGCUGGCCUGCUGCUCAAGACUCUGGGUCUUCGUGUAACGGCACAAAAGCUCGACCCCUACUUGAACACAGAUGCUGGACUACUAAACCCUCUCGAGCAUGGAGAAUGCUUCGUUCUGGCCGAUGGUGGAGAGACUGACCUUGACCUUGGAAACUAUGAGCGUUACCUUGGUAUCCAGUUGAGCCGUGACAGCAACAUGACCACCGGCAAAAUCUACAAGCACGUCAUUGAUAAAGAACGACGAGGAGACUAUCUCGGAAAGACUGUUCAAGUCGUUCCCCACAUCACAGAUGCCAUUCAGGAAUGGCUUGAGCGAGUGGCUAGAAUUCCUGUCGAUGACUCAGGAGAGGCACCAGACGUCUGCAUUAUUGAAUUGGGUGGCACAGUCGGCGACCUUGAGUCCGGCCCAUUCAUUGAGGCUCUGGUCCAACUCAGACACAGACUUGGACCGAAGAACUUUUUCAACAUUGGCGUUUCCUUUGUUCCUGUCAUCAACGGAGAGGAGAAGACCAAGCCAACUCAGAAUGCUAUCAGGUCAAUGCGAAGCGCCGGUUUAAUCCCUGACGCCAUUGCCUGUCGUUGCGAACGACCGCUCGAUGACGCAACCAUCCGAAAAGUCGCUGUCAGCUGUCAAGUGGACUAUGAGCAGGUUAUCGGUGUGCGAGAUAUGGAAACUAUCUACCAGGUGCCCCUUCUCCUCGAGGAGCAAGGCCUACUUAAGCUCCUACAGAAAGGAUUGGGUCUCAACGAGCAAGCUGCGCUGCCAGCCGCGCAGAUUGAAAAGGGUCAAGCCUUGUGGAAUCUCUGGAAGAAGACCGUUGUCCCUGAGAAGCACUUGGAGCCGGUUAACAUUGUUUUGGUCGGCAAAUAUACAUCUCUCGAUGACGCUUAUCUUAGUGUCCGGAAGUCAUUGGAGCAUUCGUCUAUGCGAUGCAGGCGCAAAUUGAACCUGGUAUCAGUCGAUUCUGAGCAUCUUGAGCACGACAUGCAGCAGAAGGACCCUCAAAAGUAUCACAAUGCCUGGAAGCUCGUUUGUGACGCCCAGGGUGUUCUUGUUCCUGGUGGUUUCGGAUCAAGAGGAGUGGAGGGCAUGAUCAAUGUUGCAAAAUGGGCCAGAGAGCGAAAGGUUCCAUACCUCGGCAUCUGCUUAGGGAUGCAGAUUGCUGUCAUCGAAUAUGCUCGCGAAAAGUUGGGCUUGAAGCAGGCAACCUCUGAGGAGAUGGAUGGUCACGCAGAACAGAAGCUCAUCAUCUUCAUGCCGGAAGGCUCCAAGGAACAGAUGGGUGGCACAAUGAGACUCGGCACGCGGUCAUCCCACUUCAAGCCCGGUACGGAAUGGAGCAAGCUCCGUGCCAUCUACGGAGGCGGUGAUGUCGUUGAAGAGCGCCACCGACACCGUUAUGAAGUGAACCCCGAUUACAUUGAGAAGCUGGAAGAGGCAGGGCUUGCCUUGACUGCCUUGGACGACAAGGGUGUACGUGUGGAAUGCAUUGAGUUGAAGGAUCAUCCAUUCUACGUUGGAGUGCAAGCACACCCCGAGUACACCAGUAAGGUAUUGGAUCCUUCUCCUACAUACCUUGGCUUCGUGGCAGCAAGUGCAGGAUGUCUCGACGAGGUGAUCGAGCAAGCAACCCGCAAGAAGGAAGGCCUUACGAACAGAACUGGUGGCGCUUCCGGCUUUUAGGCGCCAGGGGAAAUGAGGUUAUAGAUUGCAUGGUUGGCGUUGGCUUUUUAGAAUGAUGAAAACUUUAUGGAUUGGGAAUCAAUGAGAGGAGCUCUAAGUAGCAAAGAAAGUUAAACAAAAUGCGUUAGAGCGAGCAAAUGCAGAAACCCGUCUGCGUGGUUUCGGUUGCCAGCUUUAGAAGCACAUAGACGAUAUACGGGCUCAUGUCGAGUUUUAUCGCUGAGCUGUAAAAUAAGCAAAUGUAAAUAUAGUCCCAACUAUCCAGGGCUAAACCACCCUUGUCGUUCUUCAUUUCAUC